CACCUCCCACAAUGGCCAAAGUUUCACUUCUCACCCCUCACACACUCAUUUGCCUUUUGCUCCUAGCCAUUGCCAUCGGAUGCGUCAGCUCAGCCAGGAUCCUUGAUGAGGCGGGCCUGCCAAUCCAAAUUGCUGAUGCUUCGACACAAUCUGGCCCAACUGGUACAUUGCCAAGUGGCCAACUCCUGGAUGCCACUGUUGCAGACCCACCACUACCUGACGCCUCCGAUGCCACAGUGGCGCCAGUGGCGGCAUCCACCAAUGAUGAAGCUGAGGACCCGCCAAUCCCAGACACGCCUGUCACUGCUGUGGUGCCAACAGCAGGCCCUGUCCCGACCCUGCCUGGUGGCCCAGCCCCGAUCACAACUGCCGCGGCUAGUGCAGUAGUGGCGAAGCCUGGCACAGCACAGCCCCAAUUGUCCUUCUUCAUGCAUGACAUCAUAGGAGGAUCGCACCCGUCAGCCAGGGUAGUGACGGGUGUCAUUGCCAACUCCGAGAUAAGCGCCGUCCCCUUCUCCAAGCCCAAUAACAAUAUCUUCCCAAUGAACGGAGGCGUCCCUAUCGUCAAUGGUGUCGGCAACAUCAAUGGCAUUGGCAACCUCAAUGGCAUAAUCAACAACAACAACCUCCCGUUCCUCACUGGCCUAAGCAGUGCGCAGGCGAGCACCGUGAUACAGAACGCAGGUAAUAACGACCAUGUUGCAGGCGGCAACAACCAGCCCUUCGUCACGGCAGGGCAGCUCCCAGCGGGGGCCACACUCCAGCAGCUCAUGUUUGGCUCGAUCACCGUGUUCGAUGACGAGCUGACCGAGGGGCACGAGCUGGGGUCUGCUGUGAUCGGCAAGGCGCAGGGCUUUUAUUUGGCCAACUUGUUGGAUGGCACGAGCCAGACGAUCGCUGUGACCGUGAUGCUGCACAGUAGUGCUAGUGGCGAUCACGAGAUCGAGGACACUAUCAGCUUCUUCGCGGUGCAUCGGACGGCUUCGCCCGAAUCUCAGGUUGCAAUCGUUGGCGGGACGGGGAAGUACGAGCACGCCAAGGGCUACACCACCGUUGAGACGUUUCAUCAGGAAAAUCAACAUAUCACCGAUGGCGUGGAUACAAUUCUUCAGUUUAGUGUGUAUCUGUCUGAGUAAAUGUGUCACAUACAAUAUGUGAUGAAUUUGAUCAAGGAGUUGGGCCGAGUGUACGAGUCUUUGAGGGUCCCAUUCUCUGCAGAUUUCAGUUAAAUGCCCGUAGAAGCAUUUAAAUCUGAAGGAUGAUGACUUCGAUGUUAUGUGAAUCUCUUCCUUGUUGUGACGGAUUCGAGAAUCUAUGUGAUGGGCUGAUUUCACUGAUGUAAUGUAAUAGUGGGAGUGAAUUCUCCCUUAUCCGCACCUCAAUUCGUGAUAACAAUUGCAAAUAAAAGAUCAUGUUAUCA